AGAUCUUGAAAACACCCGGGCCACACACGCCGCGACCUACAGCUCUUUCUCAGCGUCGGAGUGGAGACGGCGCCCGCAGCGUCCUGCGCGGGUGAGGUCCGCGCCGCUGCUGGGGAAGAGCCCACCUGUCAGGCUGCGCUGGGUCCGCGCGGCAAGUGGGGCCGGCCGCUGUCUCGCUGCAUCCGGCCGUGUCACGGGCUCCGUGCGCCCUCGCCCUAGCUGGUUUGGAGUUCAACCCUCGGCUCCGCCACCGGCUCCUUGCGCCUUCGGAGUGUCCCGCAGCGACGCCGGGAGCCGACGCGCCGCACGGGUACCUCGCUAUGGCCAUGGCUGGGGCCAGCAGGCUGCUCUUGCUGUGGCUGGGCUGCUUCUGCGUGAGCCUAGCGCAGGGAGAGAGACCGAAGCCACCUUUGCCGGAGCUCCGCAAAGCUGUGCCAGGUGACCGCACGGCAGGUGGUGGCCCGGCCUCCGAGCUGCAGCCGCAAGACAAAGUCUCUGAACACAUGCUGCGGCUCUAUGACAGGUACAGCACGGUCCAGGCAGCGCCGACACCUGGUUCCCUGGAGGGAGUCUCGAAGCCCUGGCGCUCUCAGUCCCUGCGUGAAGGCAACACGGUUCGCAGCUUUCGGGCGGCGGCAGCAGAAACUCUUGAAAGAAAAGGACUGUAUAUCUUCAAUCUGACAUCGCUAACCAAGUCUGAAAACAUUUUGUCUGCCACACUAUAUUUCUAUAUUGGAGAGCUAGGAAACGUCAGCCUGAGUUGUCCAGUGUCUGGAGGAUGCUCCCAUCAUGCUCCAAGGAAACAAAUUCAGAUUGAUCUUUCUGCAUGGAUCCUCAAAUUCAACAGAAACCAAAGUCAACUCCUUGGCCAUCUGUCAGUGGAUAUGGCCAAAUCUCAUCGAGAUAUCAUGUCCUGGCUGUCUAAAGAUAUCACUCAAUUCUUGAGGAAGGCCAAAGAAAAUGAGGAGUUCCUCAUAGGAUUUAACAUUACCUCCAAGGGACACCAGCUGCCAAAGAGGAUGUUACCUUUUCCGGAGCCUUAUAUCUUGAUAUAUGCCAAUGAUGCUGCCAUUUCUGAGCCAGAAAGUGUGGUAUCAAGCUUACAGGGACACCAGAAUUUUCCCACUGGAACUGUUCCCAAAUGGGAUAGCCACAUCAGAGCUGCCCUUUCCAUUGAACAGAGGAAGAAGCGCUCUACUGGGGUCUUGCUGCCUCUGCAGAACAACGAGCUUCCUGGGGCAGAAUACCAGUAUAAAAAGGAUGAGGUGUGGGAGGAGAGAAAGCCUUACAAGACCCUUCAGACUCAGCCCCCUGAAAAGAGUAAGAAUAAAAAGAAACAGAGAAAGGGACCUCACCAGAAGAGCCAGACACUCCAGUUUGAUGAGCAGACCCUGAAAAAGGCAAGGAGAAAGCAAUGGAUUGAACCUCGGAAUUGCGCCAGGAGAUACCUUAAAGUAGACUUUGCAGAUAUUGGCUGGAGUGAAUGGAUUAUCUCCCCCAAGUCCUUUGAUGCCUAUUAUUGCUCUGGAGCAUGCCAGUUCCCCAUGCCAAAGUCUUUGAAGCCAUCAAAUCAUGCUACCAUCCAGAGUAUAGUGAGAGCUGUGGGGGUCGUUCCUGGGAUUCCUGAGCCUUGCUGUGUACCAGAAAAGAUGUCCUCGCUCAGUAUUUUAUUCUUUGAUGAAAAUAAGAAUGUAGUGCUUAAAGUAUAUCCUAACAUGACAGUAGAGUCUUGCGCUUGCAGAUAACCUGGCAAAGAACUCAUUUGAAUGCUUAAUUCAAUUAUUAGUUUAUUUUUAUGGACUUCCUCUUUUUUUUUUUUUUUUUUUUUUGCACUGCCAAUGCAUUUUGUUUCAAAAGAUUAUUUCUAUAGUCAGAGGGGAAUGAGCAAAUAGAUUGAAGAUUUCCACCAAGGAAAAGGACUGUAUUUGUUUCUGAAUGUAACUUAAAGCGAGAUUUUAGUAAAUAUGGACAUCUAUUUCUCUUUUUGUAAUCAAACACAACAACUUAUCAAACUGUUUUUAGAACUGUUAGAGAACACACUGGUUUAUUUUUGUAAUGUUCUUUGAAAACAGAAUGAAGAAGCAGCGAUAGCUUGUCAUUUGUCUCAUUUAAUGACUAAUGGGAAAUAGAGAACAAUUUCAUGUUUCGAAUUAGGCUUAUUGCCUUAGAUUCCUGAGAAAGUGCUGAAUAAUCAACUCUGAUGUUUUUCUUACGUUGUUGAGACUCUUGUUUACCCUUUUUUUUCCUCCACAAGUCAUUGUGGAAGUGUAAUGGAAAGUUGUGCUGAGCGUUAGUAUCUAUGUAUGUGCGUACAUGUACCGGGUGCCUGUGCCCUCUGUAGGAUGGUUUGCUUAAUAUGGUUUUAUAAUUUAGUUUACACAGUAUUCUUUAUUUUUUUAAUUUUAUAUUUUGGCAAACACCAUUCGGUUAUGAGAACUUUGCCAAAAAUGAUAGAAUAAUUCAAGAGCAUAUACAGAGAGUUACCACUUGACCCAGCUAUUUAAUUGCAAAUACAGUUGUUUUCAUUUCAUUUCCUACCAGAAAAGGGAAUCAGCAACCCAGUUUUUGAAAACACAAGUAGAAUUCCUCUUUUGUACUUCUUUUUCACAAAUGCUUUUAUUUAUUCUAAAUUGUAUUUAAAAAUCCUUUCUAAAGCCAUUCACUUUUUAAUUCUCCUGAUACGCCUUUACUUACUAUGAAGUUAUUGAUAGAUGUUGAGGCCCAAAAACUGAUGGAAUAUUGAAGAUUUUCUUAAAUGAUCAAUUUAACCAUAACCAAAUAUUGCAUAUCAUUCUUCAGUCACUUCUAAGUCAGGCACUUUUUCACAUAGAUCAGGGCUUUUGGCUCAGUCAUGAAAUCUACAAUUUAGCAAAGCUUGCUAAACAUUAUUCACCAGGUAUGGGAAUCAAAUAUAGACACUUGUUUGACUUUGUUUUCCAUUUCUAUGUGUCACAUACAUAUAUGUGUCCUCUUAUACCUUUACUCUUAAAAAUUAUUUCAAAAUCCUUCUUCUCACUGUAUUUAUUUGUGUGAUGGAAAUAUAUUCAGGCCAUAGAUCAUUGUUGGUGGUAAUCUGUGGUUAAUCCUCAUUUUAAUUCAGUCUUCUCUGAUAGUUAGAUAUAUCUCAGCCAUUUUGGAGGCUGUGCAGUAUCAGAAGACAUGGAGUUUGUUCUGUCUCUGCCUGUAGCUAAUUAUGAUGGUUCAGUCAUUUAAUAAAUAUGUUUUGAGCAUC